AUGAGACUCAAGAAGCUCUCCUACUUCAUUGAGACCCGUGAAGAUCCAGAUCCAGAUGUAGGUACAGACAUCUUACCCUACCCCACUGAUCCAGGUGUAUGUGCAGACAUCUUACCCUCCCCAGCAGAUCCAGAUAUCCAGGUGUAUGUACAGACAUCUUACCCUCCCCCACUGAUCCAGGUGUAUGUACAGAUAUCUUACCCUCCCCCACUGAUCCAGGUGUUUGUGCAGACAUCUUACCCUCCCCCACUGAUCCAGGUGUAUGUGCAGACAUCUUACCCUCCCCCACUGAUCCAGGUGUAUGUACAGACAUCUUACCCUACCCCACUGAUCCAGGUGUAUGUGCAGACAUCUUACCCUCCCCAGCAGAUCCAGAUGUAUGUACAGACAACUUAUCCUCACCCACAGAUCCAGAUGUAUGUACAGACAUCUUAUCCUCCCCCACAGAUCCAGGUGUAUGUGCAGACAUCUUACCCUCCCCCACUGAUCCAGGUGUAUGUGCAGACAUCUUACCCUCCCCCACUGAUCCAGGUGUAUGUACAGACAUCUUACCCUCCCCCACUGAUACAGGUGUAUGUGCAGACAUCUUACCCUCCCCCACUGAUCCAGGUGUAUGUACAGACAUCUUACCCUCCCCCACUGAUCCAGGUGUAUGUACAGAUAUCUUACCCUCCCCCACUGAUCCAGGUGUAUGUGCAGACAUCUUACCCUCUCCCACUGAUCCAGGUGUAUGUGCAGACAUCUUACCCUCCCCCACUGAUCCAGGUGUAUGUACAGACAUCUUACCCUCCCCCACAGAUCCAGGUGUAUGUGCAGACAUCUUACCCUCCCCCACUGAUCCAGGUGUAUGUACAGAUAUCUUACCCUCCCCCACUGAUCAUCUUACCCUCCCCCACUGAUCCAGGUAUCCAGGUGUAUGUACAGACAUCUUACCCUCCCCCACAGAUUCAGGUGUAUGUACAGACAUCUUACCCUCAACCACUGAUCCAGGUGUAUGUACAGACAUCUUACCCUCCCCCACUGAUCCAGGUGUUUGUGCAGACAUUUUACCCUCCCCCACAGAUCCAGGUGUAUGUGCAGACAUCUUACCCUCCUCCACUGAUCCAGGUGUAUGUGCAGACAUUUUACCCUCCUCCACAGAUCAUCUUACCCUCCUCCACUGAUCCAGGUAUCCAGGUGUAUGUACAGACAUCUUACCCUCCCCCACAGAUUCAGGUGUAUGUACAGACAUCUUACCCUCAACCACUGAUCCAGGUGUAUGUACAGACAUCUUACCCUCCCCCACUGAUCCAGGUGUAUGUGCAGACAUUUUACCCUCCCCCACAGAUCCAGGUGUAUGUGCAGACAUCUUACCCUCCUCCACUGAUCCAGGUGUAUGUGCAGACAUUUUACCCUCCUCCACAGAUCAUCUUACCCUCCUCCACUGAUCCAGGUGUAUGUGCAGACAUCUUACCCUCCCCCACAGAUCAUCUUACCCUCCUCCACUGA